AGGAGCCAAUCAGUGUCGCCGCAGUCACCGGUCAAGAAGUCCAGGAAGUCCGCGGGGCUCAGACGCCCCGGGAUCCAGAUGGGGGCGAUGGCGCCGCGCACGCUGCUCCUGCUGCUGGCGGCCGCCCUGGCCCCGACCCAGACCCGCGCGGGCUCACACUCGCUGCAGUAUUUCUCCACCGCCGUGUCCCGGCCCGGCCUCGGGGAGCCCCGGUACAUGGAAGUCGGCUACGUGGACGACACGGAGUUCGUGCGCUUCGACAGCGACGCGGAGACGCCGAGGAUGGAGCCGCGCGCGGCGUGGGUGGAGCGGGAGGGGCCGGAGUACUGGGAGACGAACACACGGAUCGCCAAGAACAACGAGCAGAUUGACCGAGGGAACCUGAGGACCGCGCUCGGCUACUACAAUCAGAGCGAGGGCGGCUCUCACACCUUCCAGAGUAUGUACGGCUGUCACGUGGGACCCGACGGGCGCCUCCUCCGCGGGUUCCGUCAGUUCGCUUAUGAUGGAAAUGAUUACAUCGCCCUGAACGAGGACUUGAGGUCGUGGACAGCGAUGGACACGGCGGCGCUGAUCACCAAGCGCAAGUGGGAAGAGGCUGGUGAUGCAGAGAGACGCAGGGCUUACCUGGAGGGCACGUGCGUGGAGUCGCUCCGCAGAUACCUGGAGCUCGGGAAGGACACGCUGCUGCGCACAGAUCCCCCAAAGGCACAUGUGACCCAUCACCCCAAAUCUCAAGGUGACAUCACCCUGAGGUGCUGGGCCCUGGGCUUUUAUCCUGCUGACAUCUCCCUGAUCUGGCAGAGGGAUGGGGAGGACCUGACCCAGGACAUGGAGCUUAUUGAGACCAGGCCUUCAGGGGAUGGAACCUUCCAGAAGUGGGCAGCUGUGGUGGUGCCUCCUGGGAAGGAGCAGAAUUACACCUGCCAUGUGCACCAUGAGGGUCUGCCUGAGCCCCUCACCCUGAGAUGGAAGUCUCCUCAGGCUACUGUCGAUGUUAUAACAGUCAAUACUGUUCUGGUUGUCCUUGGAGCUGUGGUCAUCAUUGGAGCUAUGAUGGCUGUUGUGAUGACGAGGAGGAGAAACACAGGUCGAAAAGGAGGGGGCUAUGCUAAAGCUCCAGGGAGGGAUAGCACCCAGAGCUCUGUUGUGUCUCUCUCAGAUUGUAAAGCAUGAAGACAGCUGCCUGAGUGGACAGUGACAGAUGAUGUGUUCAGGUCUCUCCUGUGACGUCCAGAGCCCUCAGUUCUCUUUACUCAAUGGUCUCUCAAGUUCCCUGUGAUCCUAUGGGCUUCGUGUGAAGAACUGGAGAGCCCAGCCCACCCCUCCACACCACCACCCUCUCCCUGCACUGCCCUGUGUUCCCUUCCACAGCCAACCUUCCUGGUCCAGCCACGCAGGAGGGGACAUCUCCAUCCUGUCAGCUCCAUGCUGCCCUGAGCUGCAGCUCCUCACUUCCCCACUGAAAAUAAGAAUCUGAAUGUGACCUUGAUUGUUCAUGUCCUUAAUCUGACAGGUUGAUUGGCAGGAAAAAAAAAGAAUUAAGAAUACUUAGUUUUAUGGAGGAAAUAAAUGGCAGAUGGAGAACCUUC